AUGUCCUCGAUGUCUUUCAAAUCCCAAAGUACCUUUGACCUGCUGGUGCAGAAAUUACAUGUCCUCAGUGAGCAAGAGCACCUUGUCUCUGUUGUUACGGCGGUCGUCAUUGCUGCCCUAACGUACAUCAUCUACAAUGUCAUGUACGCCACAGAUGUACCACACAUUCACGGCUUACCGGAAAUUCCUGGAGCGGUUCCCGUCUUUGGCCAUCUUUUGAAGCUCGGCGAGGACCAUGCAAGCACUUGCGAGAAGUGGUGGCGCCAGUACAAGCACUCGGUUUUCCAGGUGAAGCUGGGCAACACCCGAGUCGUGGUGGUCAACUCUUUCGAUGACUGCAAGAAGAUGCUGCUGGCCAACCAAAACGCAGUCAUUGACCGCCCAAAGCUGUUUACCUUUCAUGGCCUCAUCAGCAGCACUCAGGGCUUCACUAUCGGCUCAUCGCCUUGGGACGAGUCGUGCAAGAAGAAGCGAAAGGCAGCUGGUACGGCUCUAAGUCGUCCUGCGCUGAGGAACUACUACCCCAUGUUUGACCUGGAAAGCUUCUGCAUCCUGCGAGACAUGAAAAAGGAUAGCCAGAACGGUCAAGUCGAGAUUGACGUGCGACCCUACAUUCAGAGGUUCGCACUCAACACCACACUGACCCUGUGCUACGGUAUACGCAUGGACGCUGUCUACGAUGAUUUGCUGCGUGAGAUUCUCCAUGUUGGCUCCUCCAUCUCCCUACUACGCAGUGCAUCUGAGAACUAUCAAGACUACGUGCCAAUCAUGAGAUACUUGCCCAACAAUGAGAAGAAUGCCCGUUCCAAGGAAUUGCGUCAUCGCCGUGACGUCUACUUGGACCUGCUGCUGAACAAGGUGCGGGAGAUGAUAAAAAACGGCACCGACAAGCCGUGCAUCGCUUCAGCCAUCCUCAAAGAUCAGGAGACUAAGCUUUCUGGCGUCGAGGUCUCGUCCAUCUGUCUGUCCCUGGUCUCUGGUGGCUUCGAAACAAUUCCUGGUACUCUGACCUCGUGCAUCGGUUCCCUCUGUACCAAGGAAGGCCAGGUUUGGCAAGACCGUGCUUACGAGGACAUUAAGCGCCACUACCCGGACAUUGGUGAGGCGUGGACCUCGUGCAUAAAGGAGGAAAAGAUUCCCUACAUCAACGCCAUCGUCAAGGAAGCUGGUCGGUACUACACCGUCAGCUCGAUGAGUUUGCCGCGAAAGACUGUAACCGAGGUCAACUGGAAUGGAGCCAUCAUCCCUGCCAAGACGAUGAUUCUCAUCAACGCCCAGGCCGGCAAUCAUGAUGUCAAUCACUUUGGACCCGACGCUGGCAGUUUUAAUCCUGAGCGAUGGCUCAAGAGUCUAGACCCCCCCAACGAGGCCGAUGCCCACGGGCUGGCUCAUUUGAGCUUUGGCACGGGAUCACGCGCCUGCUCGGGCCAAUUCAUUGCCUCGCGCAUGCUGUACUCUGCACUGGUGCGGCUUUUGGCGUCGUACAAGUUUGUGGCCAGCGAGGAAUGCCCGCCCAACACGGAUUACGUGGAUUACAACCAGUUUAAGACGGCGCUGGUUGCCAUUCCGCGCGAGUUCAAGGUCAAGUUGAUUCCGAGAGACACGCUGAUGACAAGCAAGUGUAUGGACGCUGCCGAGGAGCGGACGCGUGACCACUACAAGGCGUGA